AUGCAGUCGUGUAAGACGCACACCUCACUUCAUCUCAGCCAAGAGGUCGUUACGAUACAAUGGAGUGCAGGGCAAGAAGGCGGUGCUGUUCUGCUCCUCAGCGGGAAAGUAGAGCUGUUUCGCAGUCCCCUGACUCGAAACCUACGCUACGUCUUUCCAGCGGAGACGUGUGUUGUGCUAGAGGCAUUUGGUGAUGCUGUUCUGUGGAUCGAAGGAGACGCGACUACCGUGCAGACUCCGAUGAGCGGCGUGCUCGAUGAGAUCCACGCACUGCUGGACACGGCGCGCGUGGAUGCAAUGUUGGCCAUUGACGAACGCCGCAAGAAAGCCUUGCUGAGCUCCGAGGAGCUAAGAGACUCUUGGCAGGGCCCUCGUGUUCUUGUUGUGGGCGAGAACCAGUGGGAGCGUGAGGUGGUGUCACGGACGCUCCUCAAUCUCGCGGUUCGCCACGGUAGCCCGUACGGCAUGUGCUACGUGGACGUGGACGUGGAGAUGCCAAUGGUGGGUUGUCCAGGUACCGUCUCCGCUGCCUUUGUAGAGGAGCCUGUGACAGCGCCAGAGGACUUCAAUGGGAUGAUGCCGCUGACUUUCUUCCACGGCGCGGCCUCUGUCACAACUGCGACGCGGAAGCGCUACUUGGAUCUGUGCGCCUGCGCGGCGCAAGCGGCCACCUCACUCGGGUUCGCCAAUUCUAAAUUUGAGGCUGGCGGCUUCUUGAUCCACUCGUUGUCUCCCUCCACCGAGAUCCAGCACGACGUGUUGAGUGACCUCCUCUCCAUUUUUUCGGUCACGCACGUCGUGAUCACCGGAGCGGACAGGGAACUGGAAAAUUUUCUUUACAACGCUGUCUUGGGACGCACGGUGCAGUUUGUGCGGGUGCCAAAGCUGGCAGGCGUGCUACCCCCCACCGCGUCCGGUGCGGAGAAGCGCCGGCGCGCGCAGUUAGCACGCUACUUUUUUGGCACCACGCGUACCUCUUUGAUGCCAGUGCGUGGCGUGGCACGAAUAUCCGAAUUGGUUCUCCUCCACUCGGAAACAUUCGAGCCGCUAAGCUGGAGAGAGCUGCCGGACCUGUGUCUUGCUGCCGUCGUCUGGGCAGACACGGCGGCGUCUGCUGCCGAAGCAAACGUGGCGGGUUUUGUCGCCCUGCUGGAGGUUGGCAAGCAAUUUGUCAGCUUCCUUGCCCCAUCCGGUGGCGAGCUACCCAAGCCAUUUUUGGUGGUCUCGCCGUCCCUGCACCUGCCACGUGAACUCGUGCUGCCCUUGCCAGUACUGUAG